AUGAAAGUUCCACGCCAGUUGCUGAAUUCGACAGCAGGUUUGAGUAUCUGUCUUCUCAUCCUCACCCUUGCUGGUGCCUACAUUUUCAAUAAGAUUGAAGGAGCCGCGGAAAUCCGAACGCGAAUACAAGCUGCUAAGGCUCGCCAGCGGAUCUUUGUCCUGGCCCAAGAACUUGCAGAUGAGGGCGAUGACGCUGACUGGUCUAAGUUGGUUACUCAGGUGGACAAGUAUCGCAAUAAGCUGUUACAAGCCUGGAAGGCUGGAAACGACGAAUUAGGCGCCGAGAUCAAGCCUCCAUCGUGGAGUUUUUGGGGCAGUCUCUAUUACUGUAUAACACUCUUCACUACAAUAGGGUAUGGUAAUGUUUUUCCAAACACAACUACUGGGAGGAUCAUUACCAUAUGCUAUGGACUGAUUGCAAUCCCCCUCUGCUCCAUGGUGGUAAAUCGAAUGUCCAAGGCAAUAGCCCGCAUCCUCAAGGCCAUAUAUUUAAUGACCCUUGACACCAGUGGCAUUCCCGUCGGCCUGCGUGAUGCUUACCACCGAGCAGGUUCGGAUUUCGACUUUUCGCUCAUCACAAGCUUCGGGCUGCUCGUGAUUUACGCAAUCUUCAGCGGCGUGGUCUAUUGUUGGGGUAUUGGUGAAACCGCCACUGCGUGGAGUCCUCUUGACGCGGUCUACUUCGCCUUUAUCAGCAUUACCUCCAUCGGACUGGGCGACAUUGUCCCCACUUCCGAUGUCUUUCUUAACCUCGCCUCCCUGACCUACAUCCUCGUGGGUCUCGCCCUCAUGAACCUCUUCUUUACCCGCCUCAUUCAACUCACUGAGGCACAGCUGGAACGCUUGUCCGGCAGUGCUAGCGACGCUAGCGGUGCCUUACAAGCUGGAAGCACCAACCCGAUGCAGUCACGCUACGCCCUUGGAGGAAGUGGCAGAUUUGCAGCGGGAGCACUGGCCAACAGCACUACACAGAAUUACCACUAG